CCACCGAAAACAGCGGCCAAGGCCCCAAAGAAGGAUCCAAAGGCCUCGAAACCCAAGAAGGAUGGCAGCGGCAAGGCUAAGAAGAAAAAGUGGUCGAAGGGAAAGGUCAGGGACAAGCUAAACAACAUGUGCCUGUUUGAUCAGGCUACCUACGAGAAGUUCCUCAAGGAAAUCCCUCAAUGUCGAUUGAUUACUCCUUCCUCUGUGUCUGAGCGCCUCAAGAUUCGCGUUUCUUUGGCUCGAGCAGCGCUUAACGAAAUGAAGAAUCAAGGUAAUGAAUGUCUUAGAAUUUGUAGUUCCUCAAUAGGUACUCUAAGGCAGAUUUCCAGUCAUCACGCUCAACAGAUCUACGUGCUGCAAACCUGUUGUGUCGAAACUCCUGACAUCUAUUUGGUACCGUACGAGGUCGGUCAUGUUCCCAAGUACCAUCGAUGGAUGCAAACUGGGGAGCUCCGAGUCCUCACCGCGUCCGAACCCUUGAGCUUAGAGGAGGAGUAUGAACAACAAAAGAGCUGGUUGGCCGGGGGGGAUCGCGUCACAUUCAUCCUUUUAGAGAAGUCGAGGUUGUCGAUUCUUGGUCGUCCUUCUUCUGUCUCUAUUCCCGAGGUGGAGUUGCCGACAUUGCAUUCUGUCGUUGAUAUGCAGGAUCGGGAAGUUUGCGAAGCUGAGGUUGGUGCUAUGAUCGGAGACGUCAACUUUUACCUUAUUCCUGAUUCUGAAUCGGAAGGUGACGAUGCAUUCGAGGGUGAAGUGUCUGUAAUGAUUGCCGAGGUCUCGUCGCGUGGUAAAGGUUUGGCUACUCAGGCGUUGGCUGGUAUGCUACUUUAUACUGAACACUAUUUUGGGAGCUGUGUAACUGCAGUCGUAGCCAAAGUUUCCCUCGACAAUGAACCGAGCCUGAAGUUUUUCAAGAAUAAGCUCGGAUUUUUGGAGCGCAGACGCAAUGCUUGCUUCAAUGAGGUUGAGCUAGUUUGUCCCAAGUUUGAGACUGCGGGAUCCGCCGUCAUGCAGGCAGCCUCAAGGGCGAUUGAGCUGCAUAAAAUGUCCGGUCGAGAUUGGCUCUUCCGUGUAUUCCCCAUCAACAACUUUAGAUCCUUCCUAUUUCAAAAUCUUGAUCUUGACUGGUUUUCCUGCGAGGAUUACUACGAACACCAACUUAGAUUCUCUUAG